UCGAUGAGUUUGAUCGGUAUUGGGAGACUUGGUGAGUUUGAGGAUUGAGACGCGGGGAGGCAGAACGAGACGCUGGUCGAUCUCCUCUGCGUUUGCUCCCUGGUUUUGCGAGGUGAGGAGCAUGGGCACCUGGGGAUGCGCCCGGGAGAACGGGUUGUGAGGAACUCCAGGAGGUUUUUGAGGAAAGAUAAAACAAUCUGAAAAUGCCGGAGUGCUCAAGUGAUGGAUGAAGUACAAUCACCAGUGAUUCAAAGUGUGAUCUCCAAAGCGCGAUAAAAUUACCAAUACAGUAAAUCAUAAACUAGGGUGUUAGAAAAAUUAGCAAAAUGAAUCAUGAUAAUGAGGCAAGUCCAGCGAGUUCGGACUCUAAAUCGGUCGUCUUAAAAAAUGCUGGCCUCAUACCUCGUACACCGCCGAACUGUGCACGCUGUCGUAAUCAUGGGCUGAAAAUAACCCUCAAGGGACACAAGAGAUAUUGCAAAUACAGAUACUGCAUUUGUGGAAAGUGUACUCUUACCAAAGAUCGACAGAGGGUGAUGGCAUUGCAGACUGCAUUGAGGCGGGCGCAGGAUCAGGACACAACAAGGGUGCGGAGACCAGAUGAGCAGGUGGAACCACGGCCAAUGAGCCUCGAUGGUGAACGUCUGAUCUCAGUGCCACAGCCAGCCCGUAGUCUAGAGAAUAGUUGUGACAGUAACAGUGCCGAUUCACCCUUCAGUAAUCACGGUAGCACAGCCCCACACAAUGGGAUCGUCACUAUUCCACCAUCACGGAAACUACCGCCGUCCCACAACAUCCACUCGCCCUCGGCCACACAAUUAUCUGAACCGAGGAGUUGUGAGUCAAGUGAAAAUGUGGAAGUACUGCUAGAGUACAGUGCCAAGCUACUCGAGCAGUUUUGGUAUUCGUGGGAAAUAUUACCGCUGAUGUACGUCAUACUUAAGGACGCCAAGGCGGAUCUCGACGAAGCACGAAGACGCAUAGAGGAAGCUAACAACGAGAUACGUGCCAUAGCCGUGAGGAAGGCCAGAAAGAUGAUCACCGAUACUGGUGAUGGUUACUACAAUGAAUGGUACACAGCAACAGCUGGCAGUGGUGCACCCACGUAUUUUGGCCAACCACCGCACAUCGGCAGUUUUAUGCAUCCCCCUGUACAUCUAGGAAUCCCUCAUUUAUUAAAUGCCCAUGUUCUUGCCACAAGAGUACCAUCGAGUCCACCAGGAGGACCAACCACGUAGUCCUGAUUACCGUGAAGUCAAUCAAAAAAGCUCGUAAGAGAGGUCAGAGGCUGAGUCUGAGUAAAAGGAAAAAUAAAAAUACGGUGACUUAAGUAAUCAAACGAGGUGCAUAAUGAAUAGUUGGGAGGGUUUUUUCUUUUUUAUCGUUAUUCCGACUGCAAAUCAUUUCAACUCGGUGUUAAUAUACAGAUAAUACUGGAAAGAGGGAAAAAAAGAAUGAGGAUGAACACACUCAUAACUACUUUCAGUGUAAAUUGAAUGCAAUAAUAAAAAUGGUAAUAGUAGAUUUUUUUUAUUGACAAUGGGACAUUUGCAAAGUCACAAAAAUUUAUCUCUUUUUCUUUUCUGUGUUUUUUUUUUCUCUUUCGUUGUGAUAUUGGUGCGAAAAUGUCCCACUCAAAGUGCUGUAUCUAGCUUCACCGUACUUCUUCGACAAUUACGAUAGUUAUUGAAUGAUAAUAAUUGAUAACGCGCUGUAUUAAACGUGAUUAUAAGUUAUGUCACAGUUUUGACGUAUGUACAGAUAUAUUGUCAGUUAGUCUAUUGAAGAAAAAAAAUAAGAAAUCCGCGAAAUUUUUUUAUUUCGAUUGACAGAGUUUAGGAAAAUGUUUAACUAGACUUCCCUUUAUGUUCUAAUUGUUAUAAUUUUUUACGAACGAUGGUUUAUUGUUUAUUCAGCUCAACGUAAAUCGAUGUUGAAGGUUCUUCAUGAUCUGAUAGCCCUCUAUGAGUGAAAUAAAACAGCUAUAUUUUUAUUAAAAAAUAAAAAGCAAUUCGUGUUUUAUCUCAAACGGUAUUUCAAUGUGCAACUCACAGAGUGUAUUUUAAUCGGCGAAAUUGCGACGAUAAAUUUAUCUCUUAAAGUUUAGAUUUCAAGUGAAAAAUACAUUGGAGCUGUUGAAAUGAGCCAGUGGUGUGUGUUACAUUGCCAAGUACGGGUUUCUAUAAUUAAAAAGAAAUUUAUAAUCUUCAUUGUAUUUCACACCUCUUCUGACGAUGGCAAGAGUUACUCCUAUUACAUAAUUAAAAUUGUUCUAAUCGUAACUGACUCUGAUGAUGAUUCAGUGUUUCAGCAACACUAAAUUGUGAAACAUGUUGGCAUUAUGCACAUUAGUUAUAAAUUCAAAAUGUGUUGCACCCUGCAACGUGUCAUGGUCGUUGAGACAUUAAAAUCCGAGGGCAAUUGAUUAUAAUUUUUUUUCCUUGUUCAGUAAUGGUUUUUAUUCAGUCACUUGUAGCGAUGCGAAUUAUCCAGAUGAGUAGAAAAAUUGAUGAAAACAAUAAUGAGAUAUUGGAAGAGAAAAAGACAAGCGGCAGAAUUAUCGCAUUAUUUUUUGUUCUCAUUUUCUCCAAUGGGGAACUUGCAUGAAGUUCAGUUUUUUUAUUAGUUCUACUAUAUAUACCUUUCAUUUAUUUUUGAUUGUUCUCUCCACUGAAAAUAGCAACAAUUGCGAUUUUUCGAAUGUUUUCAGGCGAUAAAUACGGGCAAAUAAUCUCGAGGUAAAGAAUCACCCGAGUUCCCUAUUGAGAAACGUCUAUGUACCUAUUUUAUCAAUCUCUACCUUGUAAUUCUUUCAUUCAAACUAUUAUAGUUAUUUAUUGCUAAAUACUUCUGUAAACGAUUGUGAGAUAUCAUUGAAUGGGCGUCUUAGGCCACUCUCAUGUUUACUAUCUAUAAAGCGCAGUGUGCACAAGUCCAUGCUGAAGAGACUGUCAAAAAAAGUCCAGUGAAACUUUAAUUAUAAAGACAAAAACCAAGUUGAACCCAUAAUCCUUAAAUGCUGUAGGAACAUAAAGCUUGGAAAAUAAAAAAUAAGAAAAACAAAA